UCCAAAAACCUGAAUAUAGUUUUCUGUUAACUCGUCAGCAUUAGCUCAAACAACGACAAGGAAAAAAGAAAAAAGAAAAAACCUAAACAAAGACUUACAGAAAACGAAGGAACAGUCCAAGUCGAAGCAGAAAAACGAAGAAGAAGCUGAGCCGGACGACGGAGACGAUAAGAAAAUGAAACAUUGAUCCGCCUUAUUAGGCAAAAGGAUUUAGAACGUUCUGAGACAUCAUCGAGAACCUUUGCAGGGAAGAAAGGGGUGGUUUUGCUGGCCAUAUUUUUGCUUGCAAGGAAAUGGAUCCUGGUCGCUAUGGUCUUCAGCAAGGAUGGGAUAAUAACAGCGCUCCGGAGGGGUAUGGUGGCGUCCACGAGCCAAACUACCGGGUUGGUGGUUCAUAUGAUGAGAGGAGGUUUCAUGAUGAACGGUACGCAAGGGAUAAUGCCUACCCAAGAAACACUUAUCAUCGGGAGGUUUUAGAUAGGGAGAGCUAUCCACCUCCUCCUUCUGCUGGUCUGUGGACUCAAUCAAGAAGGAGAAGUUAUGAAGAAGAGAUCCCCGUUGACAGGGAUUCUAGAAGACAUGAGAAACCAUAUAUCGAUUCGUAUCGUGACUUGGAUGCUUUUCCUGAUCGGGAGACUGAUUCAUAUCAGAAACCUGAUAAGUUUCAUGAUGGAUACCACAAUAUGGAUAAUUAUCGUGAUCAGGGGUUUGACAGACCUGCUAGGUUCGGGAGUCGUGAUAGGGAUGAUUAUGCAUAUGAUGAUUAUGAUUACAGACCUCGUGUUUCCAGUCAAAGUAGGGAAGACAGCCGUGAAAGGGAUUAUGAUUAUGGCCGCCAUAGUUAUGAUUCAGAAUAUGAUAGAGGUAGUAAGAGAGAUGGAAGUUGGAGGCGACAUGAAUCUCGUGAGAGAGAGCGUGAUAAGAGAGAUUUGAGUCGGGAAAGAGAUCAGAGUCCACAUAAAAGGCAUGAACGAUCCCGAUCCCGAGGACGUGAAGAUCGCCCUAGAUCAAGGUCCCCGCGAGGGCGAAGUCAUGGUCGAAGUCAACGAGGAGACAGCUGCGAUGAUGGUCGACAUGAAAGGAUUGAAAGGCGGAGAGAUCGUGAGGAGAAGCAUCAACGAGGAAAUUAUACUGUGGCCCCAUCUGCAACUGUUGUGGUGAAAGGUCUCUCCCUGAAGACAACAGAGGAAGAUCUGUAUCAAAUACUUGCUGAAUGGGGACCUCUUCGCCAUGUCCGUGUAAUCAAAGAGCGAAAUUCUGGCAUUUCUCGUGGAUUUUCUUUUAUUGAUUUUCCUUCCGUGGAUGCAGCUUGUGCUAUGAUGGAUAGGAUUGGAGAUGACGGCCUUGUUGUAGAUGGAAGGAAACUUUUCUUCGAGUAUAGUAGCAAGCCGACUGCGGGGGCAAGUGGACCUUUUGGUCAAGAAAAUUCCACCAGAUCUGGCCAUUUCAACCAUCGUGGCAUCACAGUGCCUUCUGAUUGGAUGUGCACCAUCUGUGGCUGUGUUAAUUUUGCACGCCGAACAUCCUGCUUUCAGUGUAAUGAGCCAAGAACUGAAGAUGCACCACCUGCGGAUAUAGCAAUGUCAAAUUCAACUUCUUUAGGAAAGAAAGGAUUUGAGGCAGGUCCUACACAUGUAUUGGUUGUUCGUGGAUUGGAUGAAAAUGCUGAUGAGGAGAUGCUUCGUUACGAGUUCUCCAAACAUGCUCCAAUCAAGGAUCUUCGUCUUGUGAGGGACAAGUUUACUCAUGUUUCAAGGGGAUUUGCAUUUGUGCAUUUUCAUUCGGUUGAAGAUGCUACUAAAUCGCUUGAAGCAACUAAUGGAACAACUCUUGAAAAGAAUGGGCAGAUCUUGAGAGUAGCAUAUGCAAAGAGCAUUCUUGGUCCAGGGUCUGGAGCAUCUGGAUCUUUGCAAUCAAGCAGCCUGGCGGCGGCUGCAAUCGAGGCAGCAGCAUUUGCUCAGCAGUAUGACACUGGUGGAUGGGCACCAAAGGAGUAUAAUCCCGAUGAUAAAUCUGCUGGUGAGCAAGAGCAAGCUGGUGGUGAGGCUGCAGUUCAGAGAGAUGGAUCUGCUCCACAAUCUGGCUUUGUUUGGGAUGAAGCCUCUGGUUAUUACUAUGAUGCUACUUCUGGGUUCUAUUAUGAUGGAAAUACAGGUCUUUACUAUGAUGGUAAUAGUGGGGUUUGGUAUUCAUAUGACACCCAAACUCAGCAGUAUAUCCCUUGCACUGAUCAGAAUGACACUAAAACAUCUGCCAAACAAUCUGAGCACUCCAAGUCAUCAGAUAGUUCUAAUAUCAAAAAAGUAGUUAUUUCUGCACCAGCUGCUACUAUCACAUCGGCUGCCUCGUUACAGGAUGCAGUCCAGGCUGCUGCUGCAGCAGCAUUAGCUGCUGAGAAGAAAGAAAAGGAAAAGGCUAAGGAGAUAAAACUUGCUUCAAAAAGCAGUAUUUUGGCUAGCAAGAAGAAAAUGAACAAUGUUUUGACAAUGUGGAAGCAGAGGAGCCAUGAGGGGCAAGCAACUCGUGUUGCUGUUGAUGACAAUCAGCCAUCUGCUUUAGCUGAUGAUAGGCCCUUCCCGGUUGGGCAAGCUACCAAGAGCAAAUUCAAAUCUGAUACUUCUACAGUUGGCACAAGUUUCCCAGCACCUCAGGCUGUGGGCUUAGAGUCUCCAGUCAAGCCCAGACCUGUAAUGGGGGUCAUAAGGGCCUCAGGUCGAGGUGUUGUGAAAUCAGAUACUUCAUAUUCAGGAUCCUCCGGUGGAGUUUCUACCCCUGCUGCUGUUUCUGGUUCAUUUACGAAUACUGAUACAUCUGCAGCUAUGACGCCCUUCAGGACAGAUGUGUCAGCUUUGGGUUCCUAUGCACCACCUGUGUCUGCUGGGAGUGGCAAGAGGAGGUUUUCUGAGAUGCCGUUGUCUUCUGCUUCUGCAAACAAGGAGCAACCGCAUAGUACCUACAGGGAUCGUGCAGCUGAAAGGAGGAGCUUGUAUGGUUCGUCAUCUUCUAUUGGAGAUGAUCUACCUGAUAUUCGAGGGGAUUCAAAUCAAGAGUUGCCAAUCAAAAAGGGUUCUUUGGAUACAAUGCCUUUUCCACCUGGUGUUGGUGGAGGACGUGGGUCUGGAGAUGCGAGCAUCAAUGCACAAAGUUAUGAGGUGAUUACAGCAGAUAAGGCUAUUGAUGAGAAAAAUGUGGGCAAUCGAAUGCUCCGCAAUAUGGGCUGGCAGGAAGGAUUGGGACUGGGGAAGGAUGGAAGCGGAAUGAUUGAACCAGUUCAAGCACAAUCUACAGAAAAGCGAGCGGGACUUGGGAGCCAGCAGAAAAAAGUGGAUCCUGGCCUUGAAGUACAGGCCGGUGACAGUUACAGAACUCUCAUUCAUAAGAAAGCCCUUGCUAGGUUCCGAGAGAUGUCCUCGUAGGUGCAUGAUGAAGGGAUGACUGAUAAUAAGGGUGCAUCUUUAAUGGGAUUCAUGAUCCAACUAACUGCAAGAUGGAAAGCUGAGUGAAGAAGAAUCUAUGCUAUUUUGCAUGAAGAGAAAUGCAUGCAUCUUUAGGUUUCUGCCCCAUUUUAAUUGAUUAGUGUUUUUUUUUGGGUGAGAUUUAUAGUUUUUGUUUUUCGGGUGGUAGAUUUGUAAAAAUUCAUAAUUUAUAAAAAAAAAAAUUGGUAAUUUUUGUUUAAUUAUUGAACACUCCUCCUGACAAGCUAA